CACAAGUCAUGCUGAGAAUAUUGCUCUAAGCUUCUAAAACUGAGAGUUAGCUGCUUAAGACAUUACUUAGUCAUUUCCACACCUCAUCACAUAAGCUUCACACAACAGUAAAGUGUACUUUGUUACAGUUAUGCAGAAGAUGCUGCAAAUUCUCUCUUCCAUGGAGGUGAUCAGAGACAUCUUCUCUAGACACCUGCAUGUUCUCACUGUGAAACAGAAAUCAAGUGUAGAGCAUGGCAUUAGUUACCAAGUUGCAGUGGAGGGGAGGAUGGAUUUUUUUGCUGUACUUGAAAAACUGAAGACAGUGAGGAAGGAGUUAAUCGUUACAAAAUACGGAGGUCAUUUCCUGAGCCCUGUGGUUGGAUGAAUGCAAACUUUCAACUAUUUCUAAUUCUUCUCUGGCAUUUAAGAGGCUUUCAAUGUGCACUGUACAUCUCAAAUCAGCUCUUACUCAGAGAGGAAAUUUGACCUGCUACAGCACGGAAACAUCAGCAGUGACCAUGGCGAGACAAAUUCCUUAGGGAGCUGCCUAUUUUCAAGCCAAGUGUUCAUGAUAUGAUCAAGCUAGCUUACAGAGAACAAGAACACUCUUUUGAAUAAUGGUUAAAAACGGAUCCCACCUGGAUGCUGAAACGCUUGCAAUGCUUCAAAAUAAAGCUAUCUCCAUCACUCUCCCAGUGGUAUAUACAGUGGUGGAUAUUAUCAGUAUUCCUGGCAACUUUUUCUCCCUUUGGGUGCUCUGCUGGCACAUCAAACCCAAAACACCUUCUGUUAUCUUCAUGAUCAACCUGAGCAUCACGGAUCUCAUGCUGGCCUGCUGCAUUCCCUUCCAGAUUUCUUAUCACAUUAAGGGCAAUCACUGGACCUUUGGCAAGACUCUUUGCAGCCUUGUGACUGUGAUGUUCUACUCCAACAUGUAUUCUUCCAUACUGACCAUGACCUGUAUCAGCAUAGAGAGGUACAUGGGCGUGGUAUAUCCCAUGAAAUUGAUCAAGUGGAGGAGAAAAAGAUAUGCCCUGGGUGCCUGCGUGGUAAUGUGGAUUUUCUUGCUACUAGCUUUCUACCCGUUGGAAAGCACAGAUCUGACCUAUGAAGUGAAAGAAUUGGAGAUUAUAACCUGUUUUGAUGUCCUCAAAUGGGAGAUGCUGCCCAACUUCGCAGCCUGGGUAGCCUUUCUUCUCACCCUAUUUGUUGUGCUCUUCCUGAUUCCUUUCAUUGUAACGGUUGGAUGCUACAUCGGCACCAUUCGGAAGCUUAUUCAGACAUCAAGCAGAUAUGGUAACAGGCAGAAGACGAGAUCCAUAUACCUGGCAAUUAUAGUUCUUUUGGUAUUCAUCACUUGCUUCGCCCCCAAUAAUUUUAUCCUACUUGCACAUAUGAUUGUCCGUCUGUUUUACAAAAGGAGUUUGUACCCUGCUUACAAGUUCACCUUAUGCUUAAGUUGCCUCAACAACUGCAUAGAUCCCUUCAUUUAUUAUUUUGCAUCUAAAGAAUUUUACCAGAAGUUCAUGCAAGUUUUUCGCUCUAAGGUACCACUGAGUGACAGCCUGGAAGCCAGAAGAGAAAGCUUAUUUUCUGGCAGGACCAUGUCAGUCAGGUCGAUGUCAAGUGGACCUAUGGAUGGCUUAGAGGGAGUGAAGAUCUGUUUGCAAAGGCAAGAAAGUGUGUUCUAGCCUCAGGCAGGAAAGCACCUGUGAGUUCCAUAUGCAGAGGCCGAUAACGUUUUGUUUUUGAAUAGCUAUGCUGAAAAUAACUUUCUCCAGUGACAGACAUCAAACCAUAUUCAUACUGUGCAUGCUACUUUAGUAAACAACUGUUUGCUGAUAAGAAGUGCAAGCGCAAAAGAAACUGAGUUUAUUCAAAAAACCGCUGAAGAAAACCCAACAUAGUUUUUUAAGGGUUAGCCUGGAAUUAGUCCAAAGGAUAAGUUUAGAACAAGAACUACAUUUCAGAUGUAUGAUUUCAAGCAUUACCCAAAGCUUGACGUCCUAGAUGAAUGUGAAAUAUUGCUGUAUAUGAGUUAAAGCUUAUGCUGACGAGGGAUUUGGGGGAGUUAUUUUUCUAAGCAAUGUGCUUUGUUUUUUUUUUUUUAAUGUAUUGCUAUCUCUCUUGUGUUUCUAUAAAAGAAUGAGUAAACAUAGCUUGUCAUUUUACCAUUAAUGCUUAAUACAUAGCCACUGUGAAUUCACCACAACACUCACCCAACUGUUUAUCGGAAUCAAACCACACUAACCUUUGAAAAGGUUAGACUGACUCAUAUUGUUUACUUCAAUUUUAUCUUAUCUUAAGCUAUAUUUCAUAGCAAAAUAUCUCAUGCAAUGAAAGAAAAGCUAAAACAAAGAGUAUUUGAGACAACUUCAACUACUGCAUGGAUUACAUUUGCAUUUUCUGAAAUUAUUAAUUUCUCAGGAUGGAGAAGGAAGUAAAAGAAGAGAAGAUAACUUAAUGUGUUUAAAGUAAAAACAAAACAAAAAAGAAAAAAAAUACACACACACACACACACAAAAUCCACUGCUUACUUGCUUGGGACUAUGGCAUCCAAAUCCAGCUCAUUCAGUGUCACUUUCUUUGAGCACACCCUACACAGUUGCCUGCUCUACCCCUCUAAAGAAAAAAACAAUAAUAAUAAUUUUAAAAAGCUAUCCAAGACAUAGCACAGUACUUUCAGUACUUUGGACAUGUGCCUCUAUUUACCUACUAUGUCUGAAAAGACACAGGCUGGGUUUUUCCUAAGAAGUCCCAUCAUCACAAGGCACAAAAUUCAGUUACACAUGUUUUGCAGGCCCACAUGAUAAUUUAGCAUGAUUUUGCCUUGCUUUCAAAUCCCUCUUCCAUCCACUUAAAGCAUUACAGCUUUCUCUCUACCAAAACUGUUUUCAACACUUCGGCAGAAACUGUUUUGUCACUCAUCCUAAUGUCCCCUUCUUUCUCCUUCUUCUUCUUCUUCUUUUUUUUUUUUUUUCUUAACAUGCAAAUAGUUUUCUUUGUUAUUUUUUCCAUCUCUAGUGUGGAUUUUCAUUCUGUUUGUUUUUGAAUUUAAUCUUCAAGCACUUAUUGCAUCCUGAAAUGUGGUGAAAGGUCUCUAAUGUAACUGACAUCAAACAGAGCAGAAAAGGCAGAAGCUUUGCACGUUGGACAUCAACUGUUAUAUUUUGAAAAAUACUGAAUUGCUCCUUUUGCAAUACAGAAAAGCUGCUCACAACUGACUAAAAAUGUUCUUCUCUCCAACUUCACUCAACUCACCAUAACACUUCAUCCUUUUCUCAACCGUGCAUCAAAAGCUAUAGGAACAUUAUCCCAUGCAGGUACUUCUUCAUAUCAGCUGGCCUCCAGUUAGCUCACAUUAGGUAAAAUUUCAGUUUUUGUUAAUGGGAUUGUUUCUCACAAAAGGAAUAUGGAAGUGAACAACGUUUUGAAUUUGAUGGUGCAUACUAUGAAGCUUUGGGGGUUGUUUUAAAAGAAGAAAAUAAGAAGUUACUUCAAAAAUAGCCCAACAAACUGCUCUUUGACACUGGAAACGUGUCCUCAAGGGACACCAGAAGGUGUAAGACUACUACCCUCCUUGUUCAGUGCAUGUGAGUUUAAAUGUAUUUAUAUGUGUGUAUGUUCAUACAUAUAAGCGUAUGUUGCCAUUUAAGAAGUUAUUGUGAAGUUCAUAUCAAUACUGCCUUCAGUUGAGGGAAACACUGUUUCCCACAGCAUUCUCCUAAAGAACCUGGCAGCCUGUGGCUUGGACAUGUACACUCUUUGCUAGAAUAAAGAACGGCUGCAUGAACAGGCCCAGAGUGGUGGUGAAUGGACUUAAAUCCACCUGGUGGCUAGUCAUGGGUGGUGAUCCCCAGGGGUUGGCACUGUGGCCUGGUCUGCUCAAUACAAUACGACCUGGAUGAAAGCACUGAGAGCACUCUGAGCAAGUCUGCAGAUGACACCAAGUUGGGAGGAAGUGUCGAUCUGCCUGGGGUAGGAAGGCCUACAGAGGGAUCUGGACAGGCUGGAUCACUGCACUGAGGCCAAUGGGUGAGGUCCAACAAGACCAAGUGCCGGGUCCUGCACUUUGGCCACAACAACACCAGGCAAUGCUACAGGCUUAGGGCAGAGUGACUAGAAGACUGUGUGGAUGAAAAGGACCUGGGGGUACUGGUCAACACUCAGCUGAACAUGAGCCAGAAGUGUGCCCAGGUGGCUAAGAAGACCAAUAGCAUCCUGGCUUCUAUCAGAAAUAGCAUUGCUGGCAGGAGCAGGGAAGCGAUUAUCCUCCUGUACUCAGCCAUGGUGAGGCUGCAUCUCAAGUACUGUGUUCAGCCUGGGGCCCCUCACUACAAGAAAGACAUCAAGGACCUGGAAUGCGUCUGUGGAAGGGCAGGGGAGCUGUUGAAGGGUCUGAAGCACAAUUCUAAUGAGGAGCAGCUGAAGGAACUGGGAUUAUUCAGUCUGAACAAGAGGAGGCUCAGGUGAGACCUUAUUGCUCUCUGCAAUGUGAAAGGAGCUUGCAGAGAGGUGGGGAUAGGCCUCUUAUCCCACAUAACUACUGAUAGGACAAGAGGGAAUGGCUUCAAGUUGUACCAGGGGAGAUUCAGGUUGGAUACUGAGAAACAUUUCUUCUCUGGAAGAGUGGUCAGGCACCUGAAUGAGCUGCCCAGGGAGAUGGUUGAGUCACUGUCCCUGGAGGUUUUCAAGAAACGUGUAGAUACUGUAUUAAAGGAUGUUGCUUAGUUGGGAGAUAUUGGUGGUAGGUGGAUGGUUGGACUGAAGGAUCUUGGAGGCCUUUUCCAACCUUAGUGAUUCUAUGAUUCUAUGAUUUUAUGAUUCUAGUAUGAGUUCUGGAUGACAUGUUUACUAGAUUGCCUCUGUGGCAGUGAUUUUACUGAGAAGCUAUGGAUAUAUAUAAGCUCAUGUUCUGUUUGUUGUUAUUGUUGGGUUUGUUUCUUUAUUGCUUAACAAUUUAAUGUCUGAAUGUGCUUGAACUUGUUUAUAUAAUAAUAAAUGAAUAAAUAAACAAGCCAUGAAAAGGACAUGAUUUAAGAUUUGUUUGCACCUAUCAUGUGCAAGUUACUUCUCUGCUUAGAACAAGUCAUGGAGAUCAAGUUAUUAAAUAAAAUGAAUUGGUUUUCCAUUGC